AUGGAUGACGGCACUUUGCACGUAUCUGUCUGUGCCUGGCGUUCGUUGGAUUUGCUUGGUUUGUUGUGGUGGUGUCUGUGCCUGUGUCGUCAAAGCUUCCCACCUGUUUCCCAAGCGGACUCGUCACUAUUACUCCACGAAUUUCCUCUUCAGCUUGCUAGCUCCGGCCUGACAGGAGCCACUAGGGCGGCAAGACUGGGGUUCGGUGAGAGCAAUAACUAA